GCCCGUGGUGUCAGCGAGCACUCAACUUCUUCCUCUGGUGAAGUGGGUUUACUUGAACUUGAAAGAAAGAAAAAGAUGUCACCACUUUUGAGAAGCAUCUGUGACAUCACUGAAAUUUUCAAUCAAUAUGUCUCACAUGAUUGUGAUGGAGCAGCAUUAACUAAGAAAGACCUGAAGAACCUCCUGGAAAGGGAAUUUGGAGCUGUCCUUCAGAGACCACAUGACCCCAAGACGGUAGAUCUGAUCCUGGAACUUCUGGAUCGUGACCGUAAUGGGCGUGUCGAUUUCAACGAAUUCCUCCUACUUAUUUUCAAACUGGCUCAAGCUUGUUACUAUGCUCUCGGCCAGGCCACGGGACUGGAUGAGGAGAAGCGAGCCCGGUGUGACGGAAAGGAGAGCCUGUUACAAGAUCGCAGGCAAGAAGAAGACCAAAGGAAAUUCGAGUCCCGGGACAGACAACUGGAAGAAGAACCUGGGCAACGACGCAGGCAGAAGAGGCAGGAACAGGAGAGGGAGCUCGCUGAGGGAGAGGAGCAAAGUGAGAAACAAGAGCGACUUCAGCAGCGCGACAGGCAGCGCCGCGACCAGGGGCUAUGGCGGCAAAGGGGAGAAUGGAAAGAACAGGAAGAGCGCCGUGCAGAGGAAGAGCAGCUGCAGAGGUGCAAAGGUCACGAAACUGAGGCGUUUCCAGAUGAAGAGCAACAACGAAGGCGGGAGCUGCAGGAGCUGAGGAGGGAGCGCCGCGAGGAGAAGCAGCAGCAAAGGCGAGAGCGGCAAGAAAGAGUGCUCCAGGAAGAAGAAGAGAAAGAGUGGAGGAAGCGCGAGAGAGUGCUCCGGCAGGAAGAGAAGCUGCAGGAAGAAGAGCCGCAGCUACAAAGAGAGCUCCAGGAGGAAGAAGAGCAGCUACAGAAGCUGGAGCGGCAAGAGCUGAAGAGGGAGCGCCAGGCGGAAGAGCAGCAGCAGCAAAGGCUGAGGCGCGAGCGGGAGGAGGAGAGGCGCGAGCAGCAACUAAGGCGCGAGCAGGAGGAGGAGAGACGCGAGCAGGAGGAGAGGCGCGAGCAGCGGCUGAAGCGCGAGCAGGAGGAGAGGCGCGAGCAGCAGGACAGGCACGAGCAGCGGCUGAAGCGCGAGGAGGAGGAGAGGCGCGUUUGGCUGAAGCGCGAGGAGGAGGAGAGGCGCGAGGAGAGGCUGAAGCGCGAGCAGGAGGAGGAGAGGCGCGAGCAUUGGCUGAAGCGCGAGGAGGAGGAGAAGAGGCGCCAGCAGGAGGAGAGGCGCGAGCAGCGGCUGAAGCGCCAGGAGGAGGAAGAGAGGCGCGAGCAGGUGCUGAAGCGCGAGGAGGAGGAGAGGCUUGAGCAGGAGGAGAGGCGCGAGCAGCGGCUGAAGGCGCAAGCCCAGGAGGCAGGCAGGAGGCGCGAGCAGUGGCUGGCCGCGAGAGAGCAGAAGGGAGGCGAGGAAGAGACUCGAGGCAGGAGAAACUGGCGCGAGCAGCUGGAAGAGAAGGCGCCAGCAGUGGCGAGGCGCGAGCAGGAAGAGGCGCGAGCAGCCUGUAGGCGCGAGCAGAGGAAGAGGCGCGAGCGGCGGCUGGGCCUCAAGCAGGAGGCAGAGCAGGAGGAGAGGCGCAGGCGGUGGCAGGCCUGUGAGCAGAGGCGCGAGCAGCUGCGGCCUGAGGAGAGGCGCGAGCAGCUGCUGGAGCGCGAGAGGAGGAAAGAGAGACUCGAGCAGGAGGAAGCCCAGGCGCGACUGGAAGAGAGGCGCCAGCAGUGGCUGAGGCGCGAGCAGGAGCUGGCUGAGGAGGAGCAGGAACAGGCCCGGGAGCGGAUUAAGAGCCAGAUCCCGAAGUGGCAGUGGCAGCUAGAAAGCGAGGCCGACGCACGGCAAAGCAAAGUCUACUCGAGGCCCAGCAAGCAGGAAGGGCAGAGGCGCCGUCAAGAGCAGGAGGAAAAGAGGCGGCGCCGGGAGCGUGAGCUGCAAUGGCAGGAGGAGGAACAGGCUCGCCGGCAGCAGCAGGAAGAGGAGCAGCGCCGGGACUUCACUUGGCAGUGGCAGGCGGAGGAAGAGCGCCAGAGGGGCCGUCAGAGGCUGUCAGCCAGGCCCUCAUUGCGGGAGCAGCAGGAGAGGCAGCUGAGAGCCGAGGAGCGCCAGCAGCGGGAACAACGGUUUCUCCAGGAGGAGGAGGAGAAGGAGCAGCGGCGCCGCCAGCGUCGCGAGAGGGAGAAAGAGCUGCAGUUCCUGGAGGAAGAGGAGCAGCUCCAGCGGCGGGAGCGUGCCCAACAGCUCCAGGAGGCAGGGUACGGCCCCCAGGAGGAUCAGGAGAGGAGGCAAAGCCCGGAGCAGCGCCGCGACCAAAAAUGGAGGUGGCAACUAGAAGAAGAAAGGAAGAGACGCCACUACACGCUGUACGCCAAGCCAGCCCUACGAGGGCAGCUGAGAAAGGAACAGCAGCUGCAGCAGCAGGAGGAGGAGGAGCUGCAGAGAGAGGAGCGCGAGAAGAGAAGGCGCCAGGAGCAGGAGAGACAAUACCGCGAGGAAGAGCAGCUACAGCAGGAGGAAGAGCAGCUGCUGAGAGAGGAACGGGAGAAAAGAAGACGCCAAGAGCGGGAAAGGCAAUACCGGGAGGAUGAGGACCUGCAGCAGGAGGAAGAACAGCUGCUGGGAGAGGAACGGGAGAAGAGAAGGCGCCAGGAGCGGGAGAGACAAUACCGCAAAGAAGAGGAGCUGCAGCAGGUGGAGGAAGAGAAAGCUGCUGGAGAGGAACGGGAGAAAAAGACGCCAGGAGCAGGAGAGAGAAUGCAGGAACUGCAGCAGGAGGAAGAGCAGCUGCUGAGAGAGGAACGGGAGAAGAGAAGGCUCCAGGAGCGGGAGAGACAAUACACCAAAGAAGAGGAGUUGCAGCAGAAGAGAAGAGCAGCUGCUGAGAGAGGAACAGGAGAAAAAAGAAACUGACGCCUGGGCCAGGAAAGGCAAUAUCAGGAGGAAGAGGAGCUGCAGGAGAAAGCAGCUGCUGAGAGAGAAAGGGAGAAGAGAAGGCGCCAGGAGCUGGAGAGGCAAUGCCGCAAAGAAGAGGAGCUGCAGCAGGAAGAGAAAGAGCAGCUGCUGAGAGGAGCGGGAGAAAGAGGCGGCGUGAGGCCCAGGGAAAGACAAUAUCGGGAGGAAGAGGAGCUGCAGCAGGAGGAAAAGCAGCUGCUGAGAGAGAGGAGAAGGCGCAGGCAGGAGCUGGAGAGGCAAUACCGCGAGGAAGAGGAGCUGCAGCAGGAAGAAGAGCAGCUGCUGAGAGAGGAACAGGAGAAAAGGCGCCAGGAGCGGGAGAGGCGGUAUCCGGAGGAGGAGGAGCUUCAGCACCAAGAGAGGAAGCGGCGAUACCGGGAUGAGGAUCAGCGCCGUGAUUUGAAAUGGCAGUGGGAACCAGAAAAAGAAAAUGCAGUUCGUAAUAACAGGGUUUACUGCAAACGUAGAGAGAAUGAACAGUUCCGGCAGUUGGAAGAUUCCCAGGUGCGCGACAGACAGUCCCAGCAAGAUCUGCAGCCCCUGCUGGAUGAACCGCAAGAGAGAGAUGGUGAGCAAGAGAGGAGGCGCUGGCAGCAGCGCGACAGGCAUUUCCCAGAGGAAGAACAACUGGAGCGAGAAGAGCAAAAGGAAGCCAAAAGGCGCGACAGGAAGUUCCAAGAGGAAAAGCAGUUGCUGAGAGAGGAAAAAGAGAAGAGAGUUCGUCGGGAGAGAGACAGAAAAUUCCGCGAGGAGGAACAGCUGCUCCAGGAAAGGGAAGAACAGCUGUUCCAGGAAAGGGAGGAACAGCAGCUGAGCCGCCAAGAGCGUGACAGAAAAUUCCGCGAAGAGGAACUGCGCCGUCAGGAACGAGAGAGAAAAUUCCUAGAGGAGGAACAGCAGCUACGCCGCCAGGAGCGCGAGCAACAGCUGCGCCAGGACCGCGACAGAAAAUUCCGCCAGGAGGAACAGCUGCACCAGGAGAGGGAGGCACGGCAGCUGAGCCGCCAGGAACAAGAGAGAAAAUUCCUGGAGGAUGAACAGCAGCUGGGCCGCCAGGAGCGCCAACAACAGCUGAGCCAGGAGCGCUACAGAAAAUUCCGUGAAGAGGAACAGCUGCUCCAGGAAAGAGAGGAACAGCAGCUGCGCCGCCAAGAGCGUGAUGGAAAAUUCCUGGAGGAGGAACAGCAGCUGCGCCGCCAGGAGCGCGAACAACAGCUCCGCCACGACCGCAACAGAAAAUUCCGCGAAAAGGAACAGCUGCUCCAGGAAAGGGAGGAACAGCAGCUGCGCCGCCAAGAGCGUGAGGGAAAAUUCCUGGAGGAGGAACAGCAGCUGCGCCGCCAGGAGCGCGAACAACAGCUCCGCCACGACCGCGACAGAAAAUUCCGCGAAGAGGAACAGCUGCUCCAGGAAAGCGAACAGCAGCAGCUACGCCGCCAAGAGCGUGACAGAAAAUUCCGCGAAGAGGAACAGCAGCUGCGCCAUGGGAACACAGAGAGAAAAUUCCUGGAGGAAGAAACAAGCUCCAAUCAGGAAAGGGAAGAACAACAGCUGCGCCAGCCGGGAAGCAGAAAAUUCCGUGAGGAGGAACAGCUGCGCCAAGAAACGGAGGAAGAGCAUCUGCACCGCCAGAGCGACAGAAAUUACUGGAGGAAGAGCUUAGCUCGUGGGGAAAGGGAAGAACAGCAGCUGCGUGAGAGCGCGACAGAAAAUUCCCGUGAGGAGGAACAGAAGCUGCGCCGCAAGGAGCGCGAACAACAGCUCCGCCAGGACAGCGACAGAAAAUUCACGCGAAGAGGAACAGCUGCUGCAGGAGGGGAAAGGCAGCAGCUGCGCCAAGAGCGUGACAGAAAAUUCCUUGAAGAGGAACAGCAGCUGCGCCGCCAGGAACUGAGAAAAUUCCGUGAGGAGGAACAGCUGCGCCAAGAAGCGGAGGAAGAGCAUCUGCACCGCAAGAACCGACAGAAAAUUGCACUGGAGGAAGAGCAGCUCCGUCAGGAAAGGGAAGAACAGCAGCUGCAUCUGCGCCGCCAGGAGCGCGACAGAAAAUUCCGCGAGGAGCAGCAGCUCCGCCAGGAGAGGGAGGAACAGCAGCUGCGCCGCCAAGAGCGUGACAGAAAAUUCCGCGAGGAGGAACAGCUCCCUCAGGAGAAGGAAGAACAGCAGCUGCGCCGCCAAGAUCGUGACAGAAAGUAUCGCUGGGAAGAAGAGCAGCUGCAGCUUAAGAAACAGGAAGAGCAGAGGCUCAGGCAGGAGCGAGACGGGCAGUACCAGGCGGAGGAGCAGUUUGCCACGCAGGAGAAGAGUCGUCGUCAGGCACAAGAACUAUGGCAGGAAGAGGAGCAGAAACGUCGCCAGGAACGGGAAAGGAAAUUACGGGAAGAACACCUCCGCAGCCAGCAGGAGGAGGAACAGAGGCGCCGCCAAGUCCGGGAAACACAAUCCCAAGAAGGGAAGGGCCAUGGGCGGCUUCUGGAGCCCGGCAGUCAUCAGUUUGCCAGCGUCCCAGUGCGCUCCAGCCCUCUCUAUGAGUACAUCCAAGAGCAGAGAUCUCAAUACCGCCCUUAAGAGAUGCUGCCAAUAUCCUGACACCUGCCAAAGCUUCGAGCACGGGAAAAUGAGAAACACUGGGUACCAAGUGAUAACUCAGAUGUUUCUGGUUGUGGGAAAACUAUCUGAUGUUAGAAUGUCUUCUUCCAAAAUCUUAAACUACGCUCAUUUUAUGUACUUUGUACUCCUGCCUUUUAUUCUUCCUCAAGUAGUUCUUUACUGCAAGAUGUCUUUCUUUUGCUCUUUGAUGUAGAUGUGGUGUGCAUUUUUUAAAAAGAGUAUAAAUCAUUUAAUUUGUUUAAGAAAUUUUGUUUGAUGAACAUGUUCAUUUAUUGCUUUCAGAAGCAACAAGAAUAAGAAGAUGAUUUGAGAUUCUAAACAAUGGGUCUGUUUAAUGAUUGACCCAUCUUGUGGAAAGUGCAGAUACUUUUAAUGUUCAAGUUGCUAUUUCUUCUUGAACCUAAAUUGAUCAUUUUCUCCAAACAGCUUUCCAUCUUUUGUGGCAUAAUAAGCACAAAUUCCAGGUAACUAAAUUUUUAUAACCCUUGUUGAAUAAUGCAGGAGGAGUGACCUCUGCAUAAAAACUUCCUGUGAAAUCAGCCCAUUACUGGAAGAAAUAUCUGUUAUAGAUAGGUUUAGCUUUGAAGAUUUAGAAUUCAAAUUAGAUUUUUUUUACACUCAACUCCACUUAAACACAUGAUCUCAUGAAGCAAAAAUGAGGUGUUUCUCAAACAACUUCAGAGUUCAAAUUUUAAAAUUAUGUCUGUUGUAGUCUGUAGUGUUCAUUCUACUUCCCCAAGUUUUGAUGAGUUUGAGAAUAUUACGAACCUUUGUUAAUUUUAGCUUAUUAGAAGGAAGCUGCUCAGAAUCCCAUAAACAUCUGUCUUACUCUAGGGCCAAUAAGAGAUCACAUAGAGCAUGUUGGGGGUGUAAAAGGGAAAAAUGUGUGAACAUAGGGGCAAAUUUCUAGAGGCCCUUUGACAAGACCCAUCAGCCCACAAUCAUUUGAGACCUGUUGAUAAUACCUUAGAGAUACUCUUGUUGAAAUAAUUGAACUGUGAAAAAAUUAAUAAAUGUUUAGCAAGUAA